UUACAUUAGGAAGGGCAUCCGGUGUAAAAUUUUGCCAAAUCAAUAUGCGGACAACAAUACAAAUUUCCAUACCGGAUCGGUCGAGCCCCGGGUUAACAACGACCACCACCAGUACUGUUAGCCAACAGGGUGCUGGCGGAAAUUGGGCUACUGUUGGCCAAAGAAGAAGAAGAGGAGGGAGAUGUGUUCGGAGGCAGGAGGAGAGGAGGAAAGUAAAGAGAGUGGAACUGAAGGUAGGAACUUUGAAUGUUGGCAGUAUGACUGGUAAGGGGAAGAGAGUUAGCUGAUAUGAUGGAGAGAAGAAAGGUUGAUAUAUUGUGCGUGCAAGAGACUAAAUGGAAGGGGAGUAAAGCCAGGUGGAUCGGAGGUGGAUUCAAAUUGUUCUAUCAUGGUGUGGAUGGGAGGAGAAAUGGGGUAGGAGUUAUUCGGAAGGAACAGUAUGUCGAGUGUUUUGGAGGUGAAAAGAGUGUCAGGCAGAGUAAUGAUUAUGAAGCUGGAAAUUGGAGGUGUGAUGAUGAAUAUUGUUAGUGCAUAUGCACCACAAGUUGGGUGUGCAAUGGGUGAGAAAGAAGAUUUUUGGAGUGAGUUGGAUGAAGUGAUGAACAGUGUACCCAAGGGACAGAAAGUGGUGAUUGGAGCGGAUUUCAAUGGGCAUGUUGGUGAAGGAAAUAGUGGAGAUGAGGAGGUGAUGGGUAGGUAUGGUGUCAUAGAGAGGAAUGAAGACGGUCAGAGGAUAGUGGAUUUUGCCAAAAGGAUGGACAUAGCUGUGGUGAAUAUGUAUUUUAAGAAGAGGGAGGAACAUAGGGUUACGUACAAGAGUGGAGGAAGAUGCACACAGGUAGAUUACAUCCUAUGCAGAAGAGUUGAUCUGAAGGAGAUUGAAGACUGCAAAGUGGUGGCAGGGGAAAGUGUAGUUAAACAGCAUAGGACGGUGGCACUGGGUGGCAGUGAAGAGUUACCAGACAGUUGGGAAACUACAGCAGAUGUAGUAAGGGUGACAGCAAGAAGGGUGCUUGGCGUGACAUCUGGAAGGAGGUAGGAGGAAUGGAAACCUGGUGGUGGAAUGAGGAAAUACAGGAGAGUAUACAGAGGAAGAGGAUGGCAAAGAAGAAGUGGGAUAGUCAGAGAGAUGCAGAAAGUAGGCAAGAGUACAAGGAGAUAAGGCGCAAGG